AGCACUUCAAGAUGUCCUGGCUUUUAGCUGACAUGAAGAAGAAAAUGAACGAUGCAAAAGCAACAAUUGAGCAAAGUUUGAAACAAGCUUCGGACAACACUGUUGUGGAGGAAAGUGAAAAAGAAGAUGAGAAGAAGGAAACUAUCGAAAAGGCUGAAAUUGAAUCGAAUGUGGAGAAGCCUGUAGGAGAAAGUGUACCACAAGAGACUGCGACGGAAACUGCGAAAAAAUCGAUGGCAGCACUUUUUGGUGGACUAAAAACUGGAAGUGGUGUAGCAUCGACGAAACUUUUUGAAUAUGCGAAGGACGCUGGAAAGAAGCUUGGAGAAGUUAAGAAUGCUGUUAUAGAGAAUAAUUAUAUUCAGACAAUGCUUGGAGAUCUCAAUAAAGAACAGGACGAAUUUGAGAAGCAAUUACAAGAAGAAAGAGAUAAACUCAGAAAUAUUGAUUUACCGUGGCAAGGACUUCCAGAUGAAGAGCUCGCUAAAAAGCAAAUGAUGUCAUUGUCAACAAACACAAGAAACUUUCUCCGUGAUUCAGCAGCUAACAGUGAAUAUACUUACGAACAGCAACAAGCUAUGGCAACUCUUUUACUCAAACAUGAUCCAAAUCUUGCGAAUGUUAGAUUCCAACUUGUACCCAAACAAGUGAAAGAGAAUCAAUUUUGGCAAAAUUAUUUCUAUCGUAUCGGGCUCAUUCGGCAAUCUAUGCUUGCUCAAGGCACGGGAAGAACUACACCGACGCCUAAUCCAAUUGUUGAGGAAAAGAAGGUAGAAGAGUCAGAUGUAUCUGCUGAAGUUGCUCCACAAUCGUCUUCUGAAAUUAAAGAAGAAAAGAAAGAAAAUGAGCCGGAAGUGAAGGAAACCGUAUCUGAAGAAAGUUGCGAAGACGAGGAUGAAGAAGAGGAAGAAUUGAAAGAAACUGUUUCUGAACAACCUGCAGCACCAGGAGAACUAACUUUGACAAGUGUCGAUGAAGAAUGGGAACGAGAAAUUCUCAAUGAUUUGAACGAUUACGAUGAUGUUGUUGAAAAAACUGGAGGAAAAGACGAUGAUGCAUGGGAAGCUGAAAUUCAAGAUCUUCUUAAUGCUGAAUAAUUUUUAAUUACUAUUUUCAAUUGCAUUCCAAAAGAAACAAAUAAUACUAUUCACUUCGUUUUCUAAAAUUAAAAAAAAUUUCAGUGUAAAAUUGUAAAUAGCUCAUGUUUUGAUGUCCCGAUGUCUAUCUGUAAUUUCAAUGAAUAUUUCGUGAUAUAAUUUACACGUUUU